UUAUUUCAAUGGUCAAAUAAACUAUGUUAGUAGUUACAGUAACAAAUAUUAACGAAGCUCAACAAACAUUACCGAAUAAUUUCCGAUGCUACAUCAUGAGAUUACACCUAAUUUUAGAAUGCGUUAUAUGGAAUUCUAAAAUACUUGGAAUGCUCUGCGUAUUCACUUUGAAAACAAUACUUGACAAAGAAUGUGAUAGCUGCCACGCAACCCUAGUUCAUUUAUAAGAAGCAGGGCAGCAUGGGAGAGGCAACAGGUGAUUUAGAUAUACAGUCAGAGGAAUUAACCAAAUUUUCAUAUUCUGAAGAUGUGAAGCCAGAGCUAUCUACAGUAUUUUCAUCUUCUGCUGACAUAAAAACAGAAGUGUCCACAAUUUUGACUUUCCAUGAUAGGAAACCAAACAUGUCAUUUAUAACUUCACAGGAUUUUAAAACCAAUGUUCCACCAGAAUUUUUAUCUUCUAAAGAAACAAAAACAAAAAAUACAACAUUUUCAUCCUUAGAUGAUGUAAAACACAAUAUGACAUUUAUAACUUCUCAAGAUUUAACAACAGGAUUUUUAAUUAAUAAUGAUAUGGAACCUACUGUAUCAGCAAUAUGUACAGGAUCUGAAGAUAUAAAAUCAGAAUCAGCAACGUUAUCAACUAGCGAAGAUAUAAAAUCAGAAUUAGCAAUAUUAUUAGCUAGCGAAGAUAUGAAAUCAGAAUUAGCGACGUUAUCAAGAAGUGAAGACAUAAAACCAGAUUUAUGGACAUUUUUAGAUUUUGAGGAUAAACAACAAAAAGGACUAGAAGAAAAGCUAAAACUUUCUGAAGAUAAAACAUUUGUUUCUGUUGAUCAUCAUGAACAGUUCUUUCAAAGAUCUAACUUGAAUAAACAUAAACAAGCUCAAGUAGGGGAGAGGCCUCUUCAAUGUGAUGAUUAUCAUAAAAGGUUUUCAGACAGUUCUAGUUUAAGAAAACAUAAAAAAGUUAAUUCAGGAGAUAAGUUACAUGAAUGUGAUCUUUGUCAUAAAAAGUUUUCACUCCGUUCUAAUUUAAGUAGGCACAAAAAAAUUCAUUUAGUGGUUAAACCUUAUGAAUGUGAUGAUUGUCAUAAAAGGUUUUCAAACAUUUCUAGUUUAAGUAAACAUAAGAAAGUCCAUUUAAUGGUUAAGCCUUAUGAAUGUGAUGUUUGUCAUAAAAAGUUUUCAUACAGUUCUAGUUUAAGAAACCAUAAAAGAAUUCAUUUAAUGUUUUUUAAGUGUUAUGAAUGUGAUCUUUGUCAUAAAAAGUUUUCAUACAGUUCUACUCUAAGAAUACACAUAAAAAUUCAUUUAGGGGUUAUGCCUUAUGAAUGUGAUGUUUGUCAUAAAAAGUUUGCAUGCAGUUCUAGUUUAAAUAAACAUAAGAAAGUCCAUUUAAUGGUUAAGCCUUAUGAAUGUGAUGUUUGUCAUAAAAGGUUUGCAGACAGUUCUACACUAAGCAAACACAAAAAAAUUCAUUUAGGGGUUAAGCCUUAUGAAUGUGAUGUUUGUCAUAAAAAGUUUGCAGAAAAUUCUACUCUAAGAAUACACAUUAAAAUUCAUUUAGGGGUUAAGCCUUACGAAUGUGAUGUUUGUCAUAAAAAGUUUGCAUGCAAUUCUAGUUUAAAUAAACAUAACAAAGUCCAUUUAAUGGCUAAGCCUUAUGAAUGUGAUGUUUGUCAUAAAAGGUUUGCAGACAGUUCUUAUAUUAAUAGACACAAAAGAGUUCAUACAGGAGAAAAUCCAUAUGAAUGUGAUGUUUGUCAUAAAAGGUUUUCAGACAGUUCCUCACUAAGCAGACACAAAAAAAUUCAUUUAAUGGUUAAGCCUUAUGAAUGUGAUGUUUGUCAUAAAAGGUUUUCAGACAGCUCUUAUUUUAAUAGACACAAAAUAAUUCAUUCAGCAGAUAAUCCGUAUGAAUGUGAUGUUUGUCAUAAAAGGUUUUCAGGCAGUUCUCAUUUUAAUAGACACAAAAAAAUUCAUUCAGCAGAUAAUUCUGAUAAUCCGUAUGAGUGUGGUGUUUGUCUUAAAAAGUUUUCAAACAUUUAUGUUCUUAACCAACACAAAAAUAUUCAUAUAGAAAUUAAGCCUUAUAAAUGUGAUCUGUGUCAUAAAAGUUUUUCAUACAGGUCUUCUCUAAGCCUACACAAAAAUAUUCAUUUGGAAGUUAAGCCUUAUGAAUGUGAUCUUUGUCAUAAAAGGUUUUCAAACAGUUCUAAGCUAAGCCAACACAAAAAUAUUCAUUUGGAAGUUAAGCCUUAUGAAUGUGAUGUUUGUCAUAAAAGGUUUUCAAACAGUUAUAGUUUAAGUAAACAUAAAAAAGCUCAUUCAGGAGAUAAGCCACAUGAAUGUGAUGUUUGUCAUAAAAAGUUUUCAUACAGUUCUAGAUUAAGAAACCAUAAAAAAAUUCAUUUAAUGUUUUUUAAGCGUUAUGAAUGUGAUCUUUGUCAUAAAAAGUUUUCAUACAGUUCUACUCUAAGAAUACACAUAAAAAUUCAUUUAGGGGUUAAGCCUUACAAAUGUGAUGUUUGUCAUAAAAAGUUUUCAAACAGUUAUAAUUUUAAUAGACACAAAAGAAUUCAUUCAGCAGAUAAUUCAUAUGAAUGAUUUUUUUCAUUAAAAAGUUUUCAUAUAGUUCUUCUCUAAGCAAACACAAAAAAAUUGGUUAAGCCUUAAGAAUGUCAUAACUUUGUCAUAAAGGGUUUUCACUUUGUUCAUUCAGGAAAUAAAUUCUAUAAAUCUGAUGUUGGUCAUGAAAACUUUACCCACAAUAGUGUAUGAUAAUAUUUUUUUAAUUGUUGAAGCACCAAAUGAAUAGACAUUCUAAUCUUCAAUUCAUUCAUGAUCUCUAUAUAUUUAUAAUAGGAUAGCAUGUUAAGUUGUAAGCACCAAAUGAAUAGACAUUCUAAUCUUCAAUUCAUUCAUGAUCUGUAUAUAUUUAUCAUAGGAUAGCAUGUAAGCACCAAACGAAUAGACAUUCUAAUCUUCAAUUCAUUCAUGAUCUGUAUAUAUUUAUAAUAGGAUAGCAUGUUAAGUUGUAAGCACCAAAUGAAUAGACAUUCUAAUCUUCAAUUCAUUCAUGAUCUCUAUAUAUUUAUAAUAGGAUAGCAUGUUAAGUUGUAAGCACCAAAUGAAUAGACAUUCUAAUCUUCAAUUCAUUCAUGAUCUGUAUAUAUUUAUAAUAGGAUAGCAUGUAAGCACCAAAUGAAUAGACAUUCUAAUCUUCAAUUCAUUCAUGAACUGUAUAUAUUUAUAAUAGGAUAGCAUGUAAGCACCAAACGAAUAGACAUUCUAAUCUUCAAUUCAUUCAUGAACUGUAUAUAUUUAUAAUAGGAUAGCAUGUUUUAGUUCUACUUCUAGGUCACUGGUAUAUAUUUUCGUAUUUUAUAUGCAAAUACAGCUAAAUUGAUGUUUAUUGCAUACAUUUAAAUGAAAAUAAAAGAUAAUAACAGACUAUUAUUAAUAAAUUAUUAUAUUAAAAUUACCCAAUUUAGACCAUCCUUGUGGCUGAACAUUUAUAGUUAUCUUUUCUUUGGUCUCAGUCUGAGAAGUGUAAGUGGGAUCAUUCCCUAAAACAACUAUCAGUUUCUAAUUCUUGACUCUAUCCCAUUUUCUUUUCUAUUUGCAAACAGUAACACUGCAUACAAGUUGCAAAUUAAAAGGCAUUAAAGACAAAAAAGACUAACGCUGUAUUGGUUAUGUUCUGACAUUUUGGUGUCCUAUUUCUAGCAUAAUUUAUGCUUUGUUGUUUUUUCUUUUGUUUUCUUUAUUUUUAAAAACACUUUAAUUUUAAUGAAAUUGUUGCUGUGGGAUUGUAACAAGAAAUAAAAAUUUCU